UACCAUCUCCUGGAGACCUUGUUGUAAAAAGCCUUGGGAUGGAAGGCAGAGUUAUAAUGACAUAUGAAGUGCAAUCAUCCCCCUGUAAUUGCCUGCAACAACACCAUCAUAUAAGCCCAAAAGAUAGAAGCGAGAGAGGAGGAGAGAGAAGGAAAGGGCCAGGAGAUAGAGAGAGCAUCUCUCAUCUUCUUCUUUGGGGUAAAAAGAUGAUCGCCUAUCUUUAAUUUUAGAGCUGCAGAAAGUUCCUCUGAAAAGAAAAGCUAUAAGAGACGCGCCAGAGGCACGCACAGAGAUGGCUUAGAAAGAGGACACACCAUCGACUACUUCACUCCAUCCUCGCUUUCACUACAAUUCGAUCAGCUUUGAGGCUUAUGUAUACAUAUAUAGACAUGGGUUUGAAAAAGCAAAGAGGAAAGUCAGUGAAAAAGUUGGAUAAAGUCAAGUAGAUUUAUAUGCAUCGGCUGUUCAAACGUUUCUUUGGGUGGAGGAGUAGUAGAUUUCAGAUCUCCAGUAAGUUCCUCUCUUUUUCUCUUCUUGGGACUAUCAAGCUUUUGAAGCACCAUGAUGGGGUCUUCAUAUCUGGAUCACUACCACCAAGAAGAGCUUCACGGUUUCUCCUCUUUAGCGACAGUUCCAGCUUUCUAUGAUCUUGCUAGCAACCGCGAGUGGAACCAAAACCAGCUCUUGAACUGCGGCGACUUCGUGUCGAAUUCCAAUGGAGUUCUAUCUGGCCACAGAGAUUUCAGUUCAAGCCAUGAAAUCUCACCUGCUAGCUCACUAAUGGUUCAUGACCUAGGGGUUCAUCACUGGGCUAGCAACACCGAAGAAGGCUUCAUGAACCAGCUGCCUGCCCAUCAGCUCAACGUAGCGAAGGUCAAAGAGUUGUCAGAGAACUCUUUUCCCACGCUUAAUCUAGACCACCAAUUACACCAGAAGCUCUUGGCAAGAGCAUUGGCCUCAGAUCGCCAGAUUGAUGGCCUUCAGCCUCUCCUGGGACACUUGUCUGAAAGCUCGAGCUUUGCUCCUCCGACAGCUAAUUUCUCACGCUCGAGUCCGCAUCCGCCGUUGGUCGCAGGCUCAUUAGACAUGGAUCUACAUGAGUUGGAUCUGCUGGCUUCAGCUAGAUUAGGAAGGAGCUUCUGCCAGACUACGCUCACUGGAAUGGCCUUGUUUGGAGAGGAUGCAACUUCCGCGUUAGACCAUCUUCAAGAAUCAGUACUUCCAGGGCCAUUUCACCACCACCACCUUAAGAUGCCAUCUUUAGCAAGUGGAGUAGCAGAAGCACGGAGAUGCAACAGCACUUGGGAAGACAAAUCAUCUCAAACACCACCAAGAAAGCCUCGGUUUGAGCAGCAGCGCUCGUCCUUCUCUCCUUUCAAGGUGAGGAAGGAGAAGCUGGGCGAUAGGAUUGCAGCGCUACAGCAGCUGGUGGCACCAUUUGGCAAGACUGACACAGCUUCAGUGCUAAUGGAGGCCAUCGGAUACAUCAAAUUUCUGCUGGACCAGGUUGAGAAAUUAAGUGUACCAUACAUGAGGUCAUGUGGCAGUAAAAGAUCAAGGACAAUGGAAGAGAACUUACACAGUGUUGUUUUUUCUUCCAAGGCAUCGAAUGGGGAGAGUGACGAGCCAAGGCGAGAUCUGAGGAGUAGAGGGCUUUGUCUGGUACCAUUGUCAUGCACAUCAUACGUGACAACCGAGCAAGGAGUCUGGUCGCCGGUUCCAUCCUCCUGUACUGGAAGUGGUUGAACUAUGUAGUGUAAUUUAGUAUAAGGUUUUGAGCUUUACUAAUUCCAGCUUUGAUGAAUGGAAUUAGGAAUAUUUCAUGUUU